ACUGGGUGGGUGUUUAAGACGGAUCGUUUCCGCGGACACGACUCUCUCUGUACGCAUGAAGUGGAGCAAUUGGUUCUAGGGCAACCAGCGUGUCUUCUCCACAACGGAGGUCUCUAUUUCAGCUGCUUUUCCCAAGUGGAUUUAUCUUCUUGUUCACUAUGGCUGUUACGGAGGCUCCAUGCGACUUGUCUUAUUGCAAGAUGAGGGGAAUCGUGUCAGUUCUCACUGCUUUUAUCAAGGAGAGGAAAAUGGGUCUGAAUGACUUAAUCUCGAAGCUGGUGUCAAACCCACAUAUCUGCCAUCACUCUGAUGUUGACUUCCUCAAGAUCGAUGAGAACCAGAAUGAAGAGCUGGACGAUGAUGAACUUCUGAAUCCGAUGUGCCUGGCGUUCCCCAGAAGCUCUCUAGCGGAGGAGUUGGCGAUCAAACCAAGUGAUUUUGACUACCUGAAAAUCAUUGGCAAAGGGAGCUUUGGGAAGGUGCUGUUGGCUCGCCACCGGGACAGCAACGAGUAUUACGCCGUCAAGGUUCUACAGAAGAAAAUCAUCUUGAAGAAGAAAGAGCAAAAGCAUAUCAUGGCGGAGCGAAGUGUCCUGAUGAAGAAUAUCAAACAUCCUUUCCUGGUGGGGCUGCACUUUUCCUUCCAGACUACUGACAAACUCUACUUUGUCCUCGACUACGUGAAUGGAGGAGAGUUGUUCUACCAUCUACAGAGAGAGAGGGUGUUCCUAGAACCCAGAGCCAGGUUCUACGCUGCAGAGAUCGCCAGUGCUCUGGGAUACCUCCACUCCCUGCAUAUUGUUUACAGAGAUCUGAAGCCUGAGAAUAUCCUGCUAGCCUCAACGGGACACAUCGUCCUGACAGACUUUGGCCUCUGCAAAGAGGGCCUGGCACCCACUGGAACCACCACAACCUUCUGUGGAACGCCAGAGUACCUGGCCCCCGAGGUGCUGCAGAAGCAGGCGUACGACCGCACAGUGGACUGGUGGUGCCUGGGAUCGGUGCUGUACGAGAUGCUCUACGGACUGCCACCCUUCUACAGUCGUAACACAGCUGAGAUGUACAACAAUAUCCUGAACAAGCCUCUGAUACUGAAGCCCAACGUGUCCAACUCAGGCAGGGAACUGUUGGAGGGGCUCCUGCAAAAGGACCGCACCAAGAGGCUGGGAGUGAAAGAUGAUUUUAUGGAGCUGAAGUGCCACACCUUCUUCUCACCCAUCAACUGGGAUGACCUGAUGGCCAGGAAGAUCACACCACCCUACAUUCCCUCCGUGAGCGGGCCCACGGACCUCAGGCACUUUGACCCAGAGUUCACCCACCUCCCUGUGACCUCGUCGCUGUGCAACACGGACGGCCUGCUGGUGACCAGCAGCAUCAAGGAGGCAGCUGGAGCCUUCCCAGGCUUCUCCUAUGGACCCGCUGACGGCUUCAUGUGAGGGACUCCUCUAUCUUCAUCACCUCUAUUGAUGAUGAGAGGGGGAUGGGAACAAAUAGAGACACAGGCAAGAGACAGGCACCAUGUACUGUAUGAGUGGUGUGGGAGGUGUUCAUGGUCUGUUAAUAAGACUCCUGAACAUGCCUGAGAGGAAAAGGUGGGGUGGGGGGGGGGUCUAGAACUCCAGAUCUCCUGGGAUUGUUGCAUGAGAGGUGUGCAUCACAUGGGACUCCAAUCUUCAAUACCAAUGACCCUACUUACCUGAUGCAAAGUGUGCCAAGGUGGGACGUUGUUUCGUACUACAGGGAGAAAGGACGUUUCUCUCUAAUCGCUGUGGACCACGACCACUGUCGGAAAGAAGAGUGAAGUGGCUGAAGUUUCACGGCAGCGAAAACCCGAGAGCAGUACUGCCCCCGACACGGCUAGGCUGCAUCAAACACAGACUGGAGAGGGCCCUGCCUUCCUGAUCAUUCUGUAUAUAUACUGAAGACUUACAUGUCACAAGGCAUUUGUUGUCGUUUGUUGUGUGAAUGCUGGAUUGCACUUGAGGCAUUAAGGGUGAUUGCAUUGUUUAAGCAUCCACUCUGUCUCAUGUUCAGCUGCAUAUCUGUUCACCCUCAAAAUCAUACUAUUGAUCUGUUCACCCUCAAAAUCAUACUAUUGAUCUGUUCACCCUCAAAAUCACAAUAGUAACAUCUGUUCACCAUCAAAAUAUAUUA